AUGCUGAGGACAAGGUUCCUCACGCUGAGGAAAAGGAUCCUCACGUUGAGGACAAGGUUCCUCACGCUGAGGACAAUUUUUCUCACGCCGAGGACAAGGUUCCUCAUCCUGUGGACAAGGUUACACACGCAGGACAAGGUUCCUCACAACGAGGACAAGGUUCUUCACGCUGAGGACAAGGUUCCUAACGCUGAGGACAAGGUACCUCACGCGGAGGACAAGCUUCCUCACGCUGAGAACAAGGUUCCUCACGCUGAGGACAACGUUCCUCAACUGAGAACAAGGUUCCUCACGCUGAGGACAAGGUUCCUCACGCUGAGGACAAGGUUCCUCACGCUGAGGACAAGGUUCUUCACGCUGAGGACAAGGUUCCCUCACGCUGAGGACAAGGUUCCUCACGCUGAGGACCAGAUUCCACACGCUGAGGACAAGGUACUUCACGCUGAGGAAAAGUUUCCUCACGGUGAGAACAAGGUUCCUCAUGCUGAGGACAAGGUUCCUCACGCUGAGAACAAGGUUCCUCACGGUGAGGACAAGGUUCCUCACGCUGAGGACAUGUUCCUCACGCUCAGGACAAGGUUCCUCAGGCUGUCACGCUGAGGACAAGGUUCUUCACGCUCGAGAAGGUUCCUCACGCUGAGGACAAGGUUCCUCACGCUUCCUCACGCUGAGGACAAGGUUCCUCACGCUGAGGACAAGGUUCUUCACGCUAAGGACAAGGUUCUUCACGCUGAGGACAAGGUUCCUCACGCUGAGGACAAGGUUCCUCACGCUGAGUGACAAGGUUCCUCACGCUGACGACAAGUUUCUUCACGCUGAGGACAAGUUUCUUCGCGCUGAGAACAAGAUUCCUCACGCUGAUGACAAGGUUCCUCACGCUGAGGACAAGGUUCUUCACGCUAAGCAGAAGGUUCUUCACGCUGAGGACAAGGAUUUCCUCAUGCUGAGGACAAGGUUCCUCACGCUGAGGACAAGGUUCCUCACGCUGAGGAGUAGGUUCUUCACGGUGAGGACAAGGUUCCUCACGCUGAGGACAAGGUUCCUCACGCUGAGGAGUAGGUUCUUCACGGUGAGGACAAGGUUCCUCACGCUGAGGACAAGGUUCCUCACGCUGAGGACAAGGUUCCUUACGCUGAGGACAAGGUUCUUCACGCUGAUGACUAGGUCCUUCACGGUGAGGACAAGGUUCCUCACGCUGAGGACAAUGUUCCUCACGCUGAGGACAAGGUUCCUCACGCUGAGGAGAAGGUUCUUCACGCUGAGGACAAGGUUCGUCACGCUGAGAACAACGUUCGUCACGCUCAGGACAAGGUUCUUCACGCUGAGGACAAGGUUCUUCACGCUGAGAACAAGAUUCCUCACGCUGAGGACAAGGUUCCUCAUGCUGAGGACAAGGUUUUUCACGCUGAGGACAAGGUUCUUCACGCUGAGAACAAGGUUCCUCAUGCUGAGGACAAGAUUCCUCACGCUGAGGACAAGGUUCCUCACGCUGAGGACAAGGUUCUUCACGCUGAGGACAAGGUUUUUCACGCUGAGAACAAGAUUCCUCACGCUGAUGACAAGGUUCCUCAUGCUGAGGACAAGGUUCUUCACGCUGAGGACAAGGUUCUUCACGCUGAGACAAGGUUCCUCACGCUGAGGACAAGGUUCUUCACGCUGAGGACAAGGUUCCUCACGCUGAGGACAAGGUUCUUCACGCUGAGGACAAGGUUCCUCACGCUGAGGACAAGGUUCUUCACGCUGAGGACAAGGUUCCUCACGCUGAGGACAAGGUUCUUCACGCUGAGGACAAGGUUCUUCACGCUGAGAACAAGGUUCCUCAUGCUGAGGACAAGGUUCCUCACGCUGAGGACAAGGUUCCUCACGCUGAUGACAAGGUUCCUCACGCUGAGGACAAGGUUCUUCACGCUGAGGACAAGGUUCGUCACGCUGAGGACAAGGUUCCUCACACUGAGGAUAAGGUUCUUGACGCGGAGGACAAGGUUCCUCACGCCGAGGACAAGGUUCCUCACACUGAGGACAAGGUUCUUGACGCGGAGGACAAGGUUCCUCACGCUGAGGACAAGGUUCCUCACGCUGAGGACAAGGUUCCUCACGCUGAGGACAAGGUUCCUCACGCUGAGGACAAGGUUCCUCACGCUGAGGACAAGGUUCCUCACGCUGAGGACAAGGUACCUCACGCUGAGGACAAGGUUCCUCACGCUGAGAACAAGGUUCCUCACGCUGAGGACAAGGUUCCUCACGCUGAGGACAAGGUUCCUCACGCUGAGGACAAGGUUCCUCACGCUGAGGACAAGGUUCCUCACGCUGAGGACAAGGUUCCUCACGCUGAGGACAAGAUUCCUCACGCUGAGGCCAAGGUUUCCUCACGCUGA